GAAAGAGAAAAUUGCUUUAUCCAAUUAUAUCUGUACAAACAAGGAAAAACCCAAAAAUUGACACAAGCGGAAAUGGGCUUAAACACAUCGCAGCAAAUGAAAGAAGAAAAACAGAGAACUGGGGCGUGUAGCAUAGGAGGGAGGAGCUGCUUUACUCCUGGAGGGUCGAGACAAUGAUAAGACGAGUGCAAGGAGGAAUUUUGUCGGAAGGGUUUACAGAUUAGGAUGCAAGUUGCGCCUGUCUUCCACCAAAAAUGUCUUCAAAUUGCCUUGGAAAUUAUUUGGCGUUCGCCGUCCCCAACUCAAAUUCUCACCCUUUUCCUUGCCAUUGCAAUACCUAUUUCUUCUAUUCUAAAUUUAUUAUACGCCCAGAGCAAGUCUGUCAUCUCCACUGCCGCAAGUUGAGUUUUGCGCCAGCACUUGUACCGCUGGCAGCUGCUAGGUCUUCCUCUUCUAACGGUAACGGAACCGAAGACGGGGAAGAAUGUGAAGGACGAGGAGUCGCUGAAGCUAGGGAGGCAGUCAGCUAUUAUCUUGAAGAACUUGGCGUUUCUAAGGAGGAAUCCGUGGAAAUAGCCCUUAACUCACCUAAGUACGUUAGCAUGUUGGUAGAUAGCGUGCGUGACCUGGAUGAGUUUUCCUUAUGGAAUUCCUGGAGCACUGCUGACGCUGAUGAAGAAAAACCAUAUCUUACACGCCCACUGUCAUCUUUCAAGAGGAAGGUCUACAUGAUGGCAAAGCAAAAGGGUGAUAAGGGCAUGCUUCCCUUCUUGGAGAGCAUUGGCCUCACUCUCUCUUCGGCGACCCACUUAGCUCGCUAUCUUUCCUCUAAUUCUCUACCUAGCCUUAUCAAUAAAGUUAAGUAUGUGAAGGAAAUAUUCUUCGCAAACAGUGAUGAUGGAGGACUUAUUGCUAGAAAUGCCCGGCAAAUGAUGAUGCACUUGUCCAUCAGUAUUGAUGAGGAUGUCCAGCAGACUUUGUCAUUUUUUGAGAAGAUUCAAGCAAGGCGCGGAGGUUUGCAUUUGUUAGGUUCUCAAGAUGCAUCUUUCCGACAUCUUAUUGAAUCAUUUCCACGACUUCUAUUGCUACCUAAGGAGAGUCAUAUGAAGCGUCUGAUGGAAUUUCUUGAUGAUAUUGGAGUGGCGGAAGGAUGUAAGAGACAAAUUUUCCUUUUGUUUCCGCCUAUUAUUUUCUAUGACAUUGAAAAGGAUGUUAGACCAAGAUUGCAGGCAAUCCUUAAGGAUGGUAUGGAGGGCAAAGAUUUUGGGCAGAUGUUGCUGAAAUAUCCGUGGAUUCUUUCAAAGAGCAUUCUGCAAAACCACGAGGACAUCCUGAUUUUCUUUGAUGAUGAAAAGGUGCCAAAAACUAGUGUAGCUCAGGCAAUCAAAAGCUGCCCGCUGCUUUUGGGAUUGUCAGUUAACAAGCUGAAAUUGGUGGUGGAACAGUUCCGUAACUUUGGCAUUAGAAAUCAGAAGUUGGGUAAGGUAAUUGCUACAAGUCCACAGCUACUACUGCAAAAGCCUCAGGAAUUCCAUCAGGUAGUGUGCUUCUUAAGGGAUCUAGGUCUGGAUGAUGAUAUUAUUGGUAGGAUACUUGGUCGUUGUCCUGAAAUUUUUGCAUCGAGCAUAGGGAAAACUCUUAAAAGAAAACUCAACUUCCUAAUGGGUAUUGGAGUUUCCAGACGUCAUCUUCCCAGGAUUAUCAGGAAAUAUCCUGAGCUUUUUGUAUGUGACAUUGACAGAGCUUUACUUCCAAGAGUGACGUACUUGAUGCAUGUUGGGCUUUCGAAGAGGGAAGUAGCACUAAUGGUCUGCAGGUUUUCACCAUUGCUCGGCUACAGCAUAGACAAAGUUCUCAAGCCUAAGCUAGAAUUUCUGAUGAAAUCAAUGGAAAAACCAAUAAGUGAUGUAGUUGAAUACCCGAGAUAUUUCAGCUACUCGUUAGAGAAGAAGAUAAAACCUAGAUUUUGGGUGCUCAGGGGCAGAAACAUGGAAUGCAGCUUGAAAAGUAUGUUGGGGAAAAAUGAUGAAGAAUUUGCUGCAGAGUUUGGAGAGAGGAAUAUGCUUGUUCCCCCUAUUUAGCUCUGAUUGGUACUUUUCUAGUGUUGUUUUAAUAGUUAAGUACAUGCACGAAUGGGUAGAUAGCUGGUGGUGCAUGUGCACGAGUUACUCAGUUGAUUUUUCUUGUGAAUAAUAUCAUAUCACAUCAGUUCAAUCUCACUAGGCCUGCAGCUGGUGUUUGGGGUUCGUGUUGUAGAAGAAAUCCUUUUUUGGUAA